GUCCAGCCAGAAACCUAAGACAGUAGGUGGAGCAGAAACCCAGGAGCUGGUGCAGAAAAAGAGAUCUGUAAAAAACAAUACUUACACUUUUCUGGCUGUCUGAUCUUUCAGUCCUGCUAAAACAUUUGUUUUGGAGUUUUGAACUGCACCAAGUAGACAAGAACCAUAGCAAUGAUCUCUUUUCGAUCUUCAUGGCAUAUGUUUGUUUUCAUUCUUGUGAUGGGCACAAGAGCCUUUGCCAUGGACACAUACACUGCAGCUGUAUAUGAGCAUGCUGUUAUACUGGCAAAAAAUCCCUUGGAGCCUGUUUCAUCUGAAGAAGCCUUAAAAUUGAUGAACAAAAAUAUGGAUGUCUUGGAAGAGGCCAUCAAAUCAGCAGCAAAACAGGGCGCACACAUCAUUGUAACUCCUGAAGAUGGUAUAUAUGGCUUUGGCUUCACGAGAGAAACACUUUAUCCCUACUUGGAGGACAUUCCAGAUCCACAGGUCAACUGGAUUCCAUGUACUGACCCAGAAAGGUUUGGGUCUUCCCCAGUACAGAAAAGGCUGAGCUGCCUGGCAAGGCACAACUCGAUCUAUGUGGUUGCCAACAUUGGGGAUAAGAAACCCUGCAAUUCCACUGAUCCUAAGUGCCCUAGCAAUGGUCAUUACCAGUAUAACACAGAUGUUGUAUUUGACUCAGAUGGAAAACUGGUGGCACGUUACCACAAGUUCAAUCUCUUUAUGAUAGAGAAACUGCAGUAUGAUUCCCCUAAAGAGCCUGAACCUGUGACCUUCACAACUUCCUUUGGCAAAUUUGGUCUAUUCACAUGCUUUGAUGUCCUAUUUCAUGAUCCUGCUGUGACCCUGGUGAGCAAGCUCCAUGUAGACACUAUCCUCUUCCCUACUGCCUGGAUUAAUGUCCUUCCACAUUUAACUGCUGUUGAAUUCCAUUCUGCCUGGGCUAUGGGCAUGCGUAUCAAUUUUCUGGCAUCUAAUAUUCAUCUUCCUAGCCGAAAUAUGACAGGUAGUGGCAUUUAUGCACCAGAUGGAUCCCGAGCAUACUAUUAUGAUCUUGAAUCAAUGAAUGGACAUCUUCUGAUUGCAAAACUUGAUUCCCAUCCAUCUCACUCUCCCAGCUAUCUUCCCUCUCUUAACUGGAGCUUGUAUGCUACAACUAUGGAAAUGUUCACUCAGAGUCAUAAUUUCACAGGAUUCAUUUUCUUUGAUGAAUACACUUUCUCUGAGCUCACCAAUGAAGCUGCCAAUAUUACAGUGUGCCAGAAAGAUCUUUGCUGCCAUUUAAACUACAGGAUGACAGAAAGGAGAGAAGAUGAACGUUAUGUGCUUGGUGCAUUUGAUGGCCUUCAUGUGGUCGAAGGAGAAUAUUACUUACAGAUCUCACAUUGUUGAAUGUGGAAGCAUGGACUUACAAACAUGUGGUGAAUCAGUGACAACUGCUCACACCCAUUUUGAUUCCUUUCUCUCAGUGGCACCAUUUAGUACAAACUAUGUAUUUCCAGAAGUCCUGCUCAGUGGUGUUCAGUUGGCG